ACCGGAAGUUCCAGCAUAGGCAACAAGUUGAGCGAACGGGAGUUUAAUCAGUUUAGUGUAAACAGCGAGAACAUGGACGACGACGUGCUGACAACGUUAAAGAUUUUAAUAAUCGGAGAGAGCGGUGUCGGUAAAUCCAGUUUACUCCUGCGCUUUACAGAUGACACCUUCGACCCAGAGUUGUCUGCUACUAUUGGUGUGGACUUCAAAGUGAAAACAAUUGCAGUAGAUGGCAACAGAGCAAAGCUGGCCAUAUGGGACACAGCAGGUCAGGAGAGGUUUAGAACUUUAACACCAAGCUACUACAGAGGAGCCCAGGGCGUCAUUUUGGUGUAUGAUGUUACUAAGCGGGAUACGUUUACCAAGCUUGAGAACUGGCUGAAUGAACUGGAGACAUACUGCACACGCAACGACCUGGUUAAAAUGCUUGUCGGAAACAAAAUCGACAAGGACAAUCGUGAAGUAGACAGAAAUGAAGGCUUGAAGUUUGCACGGAAACACUCUAUGCUUUUUAUCGAGGCUAGUGCAAAAACACGGGACGGAGUUCAAUGUGCCUUUGAAGAACUGGUGGAGAAGAUCUUGCAGACGCCUGGGCUCUGGGAGAGCAGCAUCCAGGGUCACGGGGUUCAGCUGUCUGACCAUGAACAGCAGCCUCAUGGUGCCUGCGGGGGCUACUGCUCCCUGGUUUAACAUCCUCACCUUGCUCCAGAACCACAAACUGAUGUUUCUAUAUGAGACCUUCGACUGAGGAGGAAGGGUCUGCUCCCUCAGAUCUGGUCAAAGGGACCUUUGCAGUUUGCACACCCUGUCAUAGAUCUCAUGUCUUUAGAGUCCCAGUAUUUUAUGUCAUAUUAUUAUUAUUGAUUGAUGUUUUACAGUGCUACUUUGCCAGUAGCAUAUGCAAACAUUUGUUAUGCAAAAUACGUCCGGUUAAAUAUUACAGUCUGAGUGCCUGGAUUUACGGCUAGUUAACAUGCCGAGAGGGGCCGUGACAUUGUAAGGUCUUCCCAAUCUACAUGUUAAAUUUCUCUCAUACCCUUCGCUAGUUUAUGUUUCAUUUUCUGUAACUCUUUUUAAACUUUCAAAAAAACUUUCUCCAUGUAAUUAUUGUGAUACUUUUCUUCAAUUGUUGCUUCGCAAGGUCCGUUCUUAGAAAUGUUAUUUUUUUUUAAAUAUAAUAUUCAGUGGCUGAUCUGAAUUAUCUACGCUGAAAUAACUUCAUAGGCAUUUGUCUAUGAGAUGCUGUGUAACUACAUUGUGUAUUAUUAUUUGAAAUGCAGUGCUGUUUGUUUUGGGACUACAAUACAUACAUUUAAACUUACUUGGUUACAUAAUCCUUGAUGAUCUCAAACUUAUCUGAAUAUCACACAAGGCUGCCCAUUUUACUCGCCUGUGUUUAAGGAUUGUCACUUCUAUCCAUGAAAUGUGUUUCUCUUUAUUACGUGAGAAUGAAUACCAAAAAUACAUUCUGUAUUGUAAAUGCUUUUUAAACACAAAGAUUUGAUCAUGCCUUAAUAUUUAUUAGUGCUGCAUGAAUAUGUAGAGAUUAUGCUAAUGUACCCAUUCAGAAUGGCCUAUCUUGAUCAAGUUUGAGUGUUAAUGUUUUUGUCUUGCAUUCCUCUAAAAGAGAUGUUUGAAAAAUGUAUAUUGUCAUGACGACAAUUGCUAAUGACUUUCCUUAACCACCAAACACUAACCAGUACCACAAUUAGGACCUUUUACAGUUUAUGGGAAUUGAGGUCAUAUGGGACGGUGUUGCUCUUAUGAAUGCUUCAUACUCCGCUGUGUAGAUGCUUUAUUUCUUUUAAAUGCUGUUGUACUUGAACUAUGAAGUACAUUCUCUGCAAUGUUGUGGACAGCAAGGAGUAAUAAUAUAACUGCGAUCAAAAGUUCUAUUUUCCUUUUUUGCAUUAAAACAUAUCUUGUCUUAUGUUAAAGUCUGUAUAACCAUAGAUGUUCUAGAGGUUAUCUGUAGAAAUUACUGAGUGGGAGUGGAAAUGAAAAUUAAUUUUUCUUAUUGCUUUGCUGUGAAAUAUAUUCAUAUUAUAUUAUUUUGUAUAUACAUAUGCAUUAAUAAUUAUAAUAAACACAAUAAAAUAUGCUAAUUACAAUUAA